AUGAAGUAGACAUCACUGCUAAAAAUGUCCAUUUCAUUGAGGGAAUGUUUCAAGCACUUACCAUCUAUCAAAGGCACAAUUUUUAGCUCUAUAAGAAUCGGAAACAACCAUCUUUUAAUGUAAUUCUUCAGUGAAAAGACCUAUCUUUGGAGGUUAAUAAUUCAGUGUUUGAAAGCUAUCAAAUUCCUAAACCAGCAAGGUGUUCAGCAUAUGGAUAUUAACCCUAACAAUAUUGUUAUUAAGUUUAAUAGUGAUCAAGACAAUGCCUCCGAAAAUGACUAGUUUAGUAUCAAAUUAAUGGACUUCUUGAAUAUCAAAGAAUUAGGUGAAAUUGCAAUGGCUGAAAGGGGAGUUAGUUUUAGCAAAAUAGUGACUCCAUUUGAUCCUCCAGAGAAACAGAGAAUAGGCUAAAAUUUUCAUGAUAACAUUGAUAUUUGGUCUUUGGGUGUAAUCAUCUUUCAAACUAUCAUCACUCUACAAGAAGGAGCAGACUAUCUUUAAGGUUUACUAAAGUUAAAUCUGAGAGACUUGUCUUAUGAAGGACGAAUAACCUUGAUUAAGGAAUAAGUGAAGGAUGUUGCUUUAAGAGAGUUAUUAUCUAGAAUGCUUGAUGAUUCUUCAAGAAGACCAGAUGCUUCUUAAUUACUAGAAAAUGAAUCAGUUUUAUUUAAUGCAUAUCUUCUUGAAGAAACUGAAGUAGAUUUGAGAUAGAUACCAAAAAACGAAAGAACUCUUCCAGCUCUUGUUUCAGGAUUGUCAAUUGUAAACAAGAAUAAAGCAGUCAUUUCAUUUUUAUCAUUGAUGAAUUUAUACUAGCAGCAACCCUAAAUAGUUAUAGACUUGAUUGAUUCAGAAGAGUAGGGGGAUUGUGACUUUGAUUAUGCUUAUCUUUUUCUCUCAACUAAAACUAUUCUUAAUACUAUGGAUUUCAUUUAAAUAUCCAAGAAAAUGCCAUUGAAUCAAAGAUACCUCGAAAAAGAAAUGCUCGUAAGUAUUUUAAGAUAAUAAAACUUGUAGGCUUUGGAGUAAAUUAUUAAAAAUGCAAAAGAAGUAUUAAAAGAUCAUAAUAAGAUACCUUAAUCAAUAAAGAUGAUUUAAGACAUUGUAGAAUUUACAGGCUUCAAAGUUUGCAUGAUUUCUUCUUAGUUGCAUUCAGUCUGCAUAAAUUAGACAUAGCUUCUUAAGAAUCAGAAAAUUCCUUAUGACAUGGGACUAAUAUGCUAAACUUGCACUCCGUAAAAUGCCUCCAAACGAGUAGCUGUAUGCCUGAUAUGUGCUCAUUUAUGCCAUCAAGGACAUUUCUUAAUACCUCUGGGUUAUGAUAAUAUAGCCUGUGAAUGUAAUACAAUUUAACUUCCUCAUAAAUGCUGUGCAAAGUAACCAUUAAAAAUUCCUUCAAAUGCUAAGCUUUCAAAUGAUUUUCAAAUUCCAAGCAACCAACCUCUCUUUUUGUAUAAUUCAGUAACGAUAAAAAAUAUUGAUAACUAAAAUAACUAUGUAUCUAAUGAUUUUGAAACUAACACAAUGAUCACUGAAUUUCCAAUUUGUACUAUAAAAGGUGGAUAUGGUUCAAACAGCGUUUCUGAAAGCCCUUCAUUACAGCUUGAGCUAGAGAGAGAAAUAGCAGAUUUGAAUUUUGAGAGAAGAAAUCAAAGAUCUUAUAGAAAAUAUGAUACUGAAAAUAUAAAUUAUAAUGAAGGAGAUGAUAGCGAUGAUUAAGAAGAAAUAGAAGAUGAGGAAUCUAGAUUUCAAAAAACAUUAGCAUAUUUCGAGGUCAAAGUACUUAUAGGUGGUUUGUAUGAUUAAAUUGCAGUAGGAGUAACUAAUAAUAAGGACUAUCCACUAAAUGAAUUUGCUGGCUAUAAAAAUAACAGUAUUGCUUUUCAUGCUGAUGACGGGAAAUGCUAUGUUAAUGGUUAAUCUAUCGGAUAUGCGACCAGAUAUGGCAGUUAUGAUGUAAUAGGAUGUGGAAUCACCAAAAACGGAGAUGUUUACUUUACCCUAAAUGGGAUGCUUCUUCCGCUUAUAAAUAUUGAAAUGCAAGGCAGCAUAUACCCUCUGAUAUCUUUCAGAGGAAAGUAUUUAUCUGUAGCAGUAGAAUUCGGUCCAGAGUUUUUGUUUAAUCAUGAAUAGUUAUACAACUAUGCUCCUAAUUGUGUGAGUGAAACCUUGCUCGAUCAUACUUUGGUGCUAUAAAUUUUGAAAGAUAAGGAAUUUAUGAGAGAGUUAUCAAGUUUUAUAGUGAGGUUCAAAUAAAAUGAGAAAUUACAUAAGCCAAGUUGGCAUUUAAGCCUCUUGAUGAAUCAACUUCAAGAAACUCAAAGAUAUUUGGAUCGAUUACCAUCUAAAGAUGAUCUGUUGUGCAAAGAUAUAUUUUAAGAUUUGUCUUAGUUGAAUUCAACUUAGAAGUUUCAAGAAGAAGAGUGCAAAAACACUGUCAAUAAUAAUUAGAGGACUUUUGAUUCAAUGUCUAAUAAUAUAAAACUAAAUAAUUCUGUAUCUAACAGCAGUAUUAGCAAAGAUAAUCUUCUUUAAAGUGAUAUAAAAGAUACUGCAUUUUACUCAAACAGGAUGAAAGGCACAGAAUAAGUAAAAAGUAAAAUAAGUUUGGGUUAAAGCAUCGAAGUUGAUAAUUCAAAGAAAAGAUUCUUUGGUGAAUAAUGCACCAAAUUAAGAUCUGCAAACGAUUAAAAAUAGUAAUAGAAAAAUUUAGAUAGCAUUAAUAAAAGUAGUGGUGGCUGUUAAAAAGGAGGAUAAUGCUUGGUAUUUUGA